AUGCCAACACCAACAGAAGUCGGGAUUCCUCGGGCAGAUGAAGAGAGGAGCUCGGAGGAGCUUGUCACGGUGAGCGGCUUCACAUUGAUCAAUGAGAUGUCCAGGAUGGAAGUGAUAGAUCCCGAACUCUUGCGGGCCACGUGUCCUUCCACUGCCUUGCAGAGCCAAGUCUUGCAGAAAGACUUUGCUGGAGAUCUCCAUGAUCGGAGCUUCCAAACGUCCAGGAUCGAUUGCUUUUGGAGCCAUUCUUGGCAUGCAACACCAUGGCGGAAAGUGUUGGUGCUGACGAUCAUUUACAAUGGCCUUGCUGCCAUAGUGGCUGGUCAUCUCGGGGCAUUGGUGGGGACGAGCCUUUUCUACUUUCAGCUUUUGCCCAGCUACCCCCGGAGAUUUCCCUUGGAGGGCGCCACUUAUGACUUUGGCCCCUGGGGUUUGAUCUUCGGAAUUUCUUUGGCGCUUGGGACGCUCUUGCUGUGGCGGCCGGCGAGAUCUCGCAUUUUCCUCGAUCGGAUUUGCAUCCAUCAGACAGACCUCGAGCGCAAGGCAGCAGGAAUCUGCAGCAUUGGUGGCAUUCUCAAACAUUCCGACACCAUGCUGGUGCUUUGGGAUCCCACUUACCCAACGAGACUCUGGGCCAUCUUUGAGCUCGCAGCCUUUAUGAAGAGCCAUGGAGUCGAUGCCCUUGAUGAGGUGGAGCACCGCAGGUUCCGCAGGUCCCUGGUGAUCCGACCUACGUUCUUGGGUCCGGCAGCCAUGCUGGGUGUGGUGCUGCUCUUGUUCGUGCAGAUUUGUACGGUCUUGGCGACCUUUGAAGACCACCGCAUCAAUCUGGCCAUCAUGACAUUGAACGUGAUGUCUGCAGCGCUGGGAAGUCAUUCGCUCCGCGCAUAUUUCCAUUGGGUGGACUCUUGCUGCCGGCAGCUCACUCAGUUUGCCGUGGCCAAGGCUGAGACCAACUGCUGCAGAGUGAAUCAUGUGGAGUCUGGGAAGCGCAUCGCAUGUGAUCGGGAAACGAUUCUGGAAUGUGUACGCGCAUGGUUUGGUUCCGAGGAAGCCUUCGAAAGCAUGGUGCGGCAUCAAGUCUCCUCAACCUUGAUGGGAUUAGGACAGGGUGCAUUGCCAGUCUCCUGGUUCAUGGGCAUGAACUCCUGCGCACUCUGGAUAUUCUUUGAUUUGAUUGUUGCACGCUUGCGAGCAGCAGAAUACUUCUAUUCACUGGCGGCCCUGAUCAACAUGCUGGCCACAGUCUUUGCCUUCGCUCCCCUCGUUUACCUCCUUUGCCUCUUUGCGGCUUACAAGCUUCGACGUCCCCAGCAGCACCGAUGCUCGAAUCUCACGGUGUCCUUCCUCGGGGCGAUCGGGGUGGUGGUGAUCUUCAUCCUCUACACACAGCUGGGAGCGAUCUUCACCCCAGCAGUUCCUCAUGCAGUGCUGCGGAGCCUUCUACUGGCGCUGGCAACGGAUUGCAACCUCCUGGCGAGCAACUACUUAGUGGGACAUCAGUACUGGGCAGCGGCUCGCCGCUGGUGGAACUUCUCGCUGCAGCAGCGGCGAGCAGUGGGGGCCGUGCGGCUGCCAGAGGACCUGCAGCUGAGCUUCUUUGCGCUCGCCAGCUGGGAGGAACAGCUGGGUCUCCUCUCUCAAGAGCACCCUGAGCUGGGCAUGGCCCAUGAGCAGAUGGCUGCACUGCGCGCGGAGUACAGCCGGUGGGUGGCAGGCUCCUUGAACCGCAGCGCGGUGGUCGCGGCGGCGCGGGACGCGCCUCUCGGGCGCGCGCUCCACGUGCCCAGCGGAGGAGACCUUCCCGACACGUCUCUUGAGCAUGUCCAAGGCCUUCAGCCUGGAGACCCCUUGAUCCUCUCACCGCAGGUGCUGACGAAGUUGGUGGAGCUCUUACGUUCCUCCACGGUGUGGUUCCGAGCCCGGCAAGGUGUUGCCUUGGAGGCUGAAUUGAGAGAUGGCCUUCACCAGGCGCCUUUCUUGGAGUUGGGGCUGCAAGUUGCCAGGGCCGCAGGCCUGCCACUGGCGGACGUGAUGGCACGGAGCUAUGGCGCGGGCACCUUAGGUGUGGAAUGCUUCGGACAGUCGCAUCGUGUCGCGCUGCUGGUGCUGAGCGACACUCUGACCGUCAGGCACUGGAAGGACCAUCAAGAUUGCUCGACCGAUGCAGCACCGAGAACUGGCUGGGUGGAGCAAGGUGUCCCCGUGGGCACCUUGAUGUUGCUGAAGCCUGGCGCCUGGCAGAUGCUUUCGGCGCAGCCACUGGGAGCGGGCUUUCAGAAGCAGGUGCUGCUGCUCCUCUUCCACCUGGGCCUUGGCACUGAGUCGCCCAAGCAACGCCUCCGGCGGAAGAUCUUCUUGCACGAGCACGAUGCGGAGCUGAAGAAGUACGACACGGGUUAG